CGCGCAGGCAGUGGUCUCGGGUGAAAGGCGGUGAGGGAGAGUCGCAGCGGAGAGCGGGAUCGGUCUGAAAGCUGAAGGGUCAAGUAAGGCUGACAUAUGUAGGAGUCUAUUUUACCUCUUUCCGUUUUACUUGUCAUCAUGGAUAUUAAUUACAUUAUUAACUGACAUACACAGACUUGAUAAUGUCAAGCUCGGUGAAGAAAGUUCCCCAGUUCCAGGUUGGCUCCCUUGCACUCUUUCAGCAUAACUCUUCAACACGUAUAAUAAAUGUUGGAUAAAACUGCGUUGGAUGAGGACUGGAGGCCAGGGUUCCUUUUUGGUUCUUUGGAGGACAGCUUUCGCUACGGGUCUGCUUCUUUCGAAAAGAAAAUGAAAUUUCCAUUUUAUUAUCUCUUUCUGAUACAAAUAAAGUGAUUCUUUCAAGAAGAUUGCUGCUACGAAAUUUUAUGGGCAUGGCUACUGAUCCAACGUGAUUGGCUGGCAUCACUUUUAGACUCAUGAGUGGGUAUACCAUGCUGCGAAAUGGGGGACUGGGGAACGGAGGUCAGCCGUGGAUGCUUCGUUGGUCCAGUCGAAUCCGGCUCUCUUGGCUCAGCUUCACAUUGUUCAUCAUCCUCGUUUUCUUCCCCUUGAUCGCCCACUAUUACCUCACCACCAUCGAUGAUGCAAACGAUCCAGACAGGAGAAUCUUCGGCCCACGAACGGGGAAUGAACUUUGUGAAGUGAAGCACGUCCAGGAUUUGUGUCGAAUCAGAGAAUCGGUAAGUGAAGAGCUCCUCCAGCUCGAAGCCAAGCGUCAGGAGCUUAAUAGUGAAAUUGCUAAAUUGAACGUUAAAAUUGAGGCGUGUAAGAAAAGCAUCGAGAAUGCUAAGCAGGACCUUCUGCAGCUUAAAAAUGUCAUCAGUCAAACGGAACAUUCAUAUAAGGAACUGAUGGCACAAAAUCAGCCAAAACUUUCGUUGCCAAUCCGGCUGUUGCCAGAGAAAGAUGAUAUUAACAUACCAUUGCCAAAGUCCAAAAGGAACUGCGGGCUACACAAUUGUUUCGACUACUCACGGUGCCCGCUUACUUCUGGGUUCCCUGUGUUUGUCUACAACAGUGAUAAAUAUCCUUUUGGGAACCUUAUAGAUCCUUUAAUCAGGCAAGCCUUGGAGGCGAGUGUCCGAAAUAAUGUCUAUGUGACUGAAAAUGCAAAUAAUGCUUGUAUAUAUGUAGUCUUAAUGGGGGAAAUGCAGGAGCCAGUGAUGCCAAAACCUACUGAACUGGAGGAACAGUUGCACUCUUUGCCAUAUUGGAGGACCGAUGGCCACAACCAUCUCAUUAUAAACUUGUCCAGAAAAUCCGAAACACAGAACUAUCUUUAUAAUGUCAGCACGGGGCGUGCCAUGAUUGCUCAAUCAACGUUUUAUGACUCACAGUACAGGCCUGGGUUUGACAUCGUGGUGUCACCAUUAGUCCAUGCGAUGUCUGAACCGAACUUCUUGGAGAUCCCACCUCAGGUGCCGGUGAAACGGAAGUACCUAUUCAGCUUUCAGGGAGAAAAGAUUGAGUCGCUGCAUUCUAGUUUGCAAGAGGCCAGGUCAUUUGAGGAAGAAAUUGAAGGUAAUGCACCAGCAGACUAUGAUGACCGUAUCAUUGCUACCCUCAAGGCUGUCCAGGACAGUAAGUUGGAUUUUGUCAUGGUUGAGUUCACUUGUAAAAAUCAGGCGAAGCCAAGUCUGCCCACUGAGUGGGCUUUGUGUGGGGAGAGGGAUGACAGGUUAGAGCUACUGAAGCAAUCUACAUUUGCACUGAUUAUUACGCCGGGAGAUUCACAGCUAAUUAUAUCUGCUGGCAGUGCCAUGAGGCUUUUUGAAGCUCUGGAGGUAGGAGCUAUUCCCGUUAUCCUCGGAGAACAGGUUCAACUACCGUAUCACGAUACUAUUCGGUGGAACGAGGCAGUGUUAAUACUACCAAAACCACGUGUAACCGAAGUCCAUUUCCUCUUGAGAAGCAUAUCUGACAAUGACCUCCUGUCACUGAGGAGACAAGGCCGUUUCUUGUGGGAGACGUACUUUUCUACAUCCGAUACAGUAUUUAAUACUAUUUUAGCGACUAUUAGGACUAGACUACAAAUCCCUGCUGCUCCCAUUAAAGAUGAACCAGCAGUAGAGAUUCCUCAUCGGUCUGGCAAAGCUGCAGGCACCGAUCCCAACAUGGCAGACAAUGGAGACUUAGAUUUGGGGCCGGUGGAAACAGAACCUCCUUAUGCAUCUCCUAAGUAUCUCAGAAACUUCACACUAACUGCAGCAGAUAUCUACCGUAACUGGAAUACAGCCCCCGGUCCUUUUCAUCUAUAUCCACACACGCCGUUUGAUCCUCUCUUACCCUCCGAAGCGAAAUUUCUUGGUUCUGGUACUGGUUUUCGGCCAAUCGGUGGUGGAGCUGGUGGCUCAGGAAAAGAGUUUCAAGCGGCCCUUGGAGGGAAUGUGCCUCGAGAACAAUUCACGGUGGUAAUGUUAACGUACGAGCGAGAGGAAGUGUUGAUGAACUCGUUGGAAAGGUUGAAUGGGCUACCUUACUUAAAUAAAGUAGUAGUGGUAUGGAAUUCUCCUAAGCUGCCGUCUGAAGACCUGCUGUGGCCAGAUAUCGGGCUACCGAUCGUGAUUGUCCGCACGGAGAAGAACAGUCUGAAUAAUCGCUUCCUUCCCUGGGAUCAGAUUGAGACAGAAGCCGUUCUCUCUAUUGAUGAUGAUGCCCAUCUCCGCCAUGACGAAAUCAUGUUUGGCUUUCGAGUUUGGAGAGAGGCGAGAGAUCGGAUUGUGGGUUUCCCUGGUCGUUAUCAUGCCUGGGACAUCUCUCACAGGUCCUGGCUUUACAACUCCAACUACUCCUGUGAACUCUCCAUGGUACUGACUGGCGCCGCCUUUUUUCACAAGUACUACGCGUAUCUGUAUUCCUACGUCAUGCCACAAGCCAUCCGGGAUAUGGUGGAUGAGUACAUCAACUGUGAGGAUAUCGCCAUGAACUUCCUGGUCUCUCACAUCACCAGGAAACCUCCUAUCAAGGUGACCUCUCGUUGGACGUUCCGCUGUCCCGGUUGCCCCCAGGCUCUCUCUCAUGACGACUCCCAUUUCCACGAGCGCCACAAAUGCAUUAACUUCUUCGUCAAGGUGUAUGGAUACAUGCCACUUCUCUACACCCAGUUCCGCGUGGACUCUGUUCUCUUCAAAACCCGACUCCCCCACGACAAGACCAAGUGCUUCAAGUUCAUCUAACGGCCACGUAGCUGGGGGGUCCCUCCGAGGCCCUUCUAAAAUACAUAGGUACUCUCGCUCCCCAAAAACUGACUCAAAUCUUCUCUCCAGUCUUAAAAACAGUAGAGCGUAGACUACUAAUGAAUUAGAACACUACUUUACAUGGAAGAAAGGAAGGACUUUGGGACAAAUAACCUUUUUUUGUAUAUCGGCCAGACAAAUUAUGUUUUUAUUGUAAUUUUUUUCUUUUUAUAACCCCGCAGAGAGAGGUUUUAUUUGUAUGGUGAAGCUUUUAUUCCCUUUGUAGUCUCUUCUAUUCCAUGAGCAUUCACUAGAAAUGACGUGCAUGUGUAGGGUCAUAGGGUGGCGCUCUCUCCAGCACCCCAUUGAAUCCCAUCCACCUCAUCUGCAACGAUUUCAUAGAGACCGUAGAUUGUUCCUCUGCUUUCUAAAAAUCAUGGCCUCCCGAAUGGCAUUAAUUAUGACUAGUAUAGAGCACACGUGCAUUAUGGGUAAGCUUCUUUUUAGAUAAUCGUCAGCAGGAAGGUGCAACCAAGCCUUGGAUGAAAUGAAGGGAUUUCCUCAUAACAAUCAUGAUGCACAGAAACCGCCAACAGAACUUCGGCGAUGACCUCCAAUGAAUUCAGUCGCAACGGCCUCCUCGUCCCCUUCUUCUCCUCCCAGUUCCACCUCUCACGUAGACCUCAUAGAUGAAAGAAAGCACAGAACUGCUUUUUACUGGUUUCACGUUUGUACAUGAAUAAAUAUGUUGUACAGGUCAAGAGAUGUAGAAUAUAUAUAUAUUUAGAGCCUCUAUGGACGGGUUUUCUGGGCAAAUCAGUGGUUCUAAUGUGGUAACUGUUUUAUAGACACUCUAGUAUUCGCAGUCACACAAAUGUCCAACGGAGAGUCUUCUCAGAUCCCUCUGGAUGGCCAGCGAUGCUCGUUCCUCUAUAGAGAUGAGACAAGAUUGCCUCCCAAACGAAAAUUCUAAGAAGAGCAAAAAAAAAAAA